AUGGCAUACGGCUGGGUUCCAUCUCAGUGCUAUAAUGGCGACCUCGUCAGCACGUACAAUGCAUACAACAUGAGCCCUUGGGCAUUCGACAAGAACCUCACCAAGCCAGCGUCUGAACAAGUGCUUAUGGCUGGGGAGAGGAGGAUUCUCUACACGGAUCUGCGAUUCCACCAAGAGCACUGUUUCUACACAUGGCAUAACCUGCUCCACAGCGUCGAGCAUCAACGGCCACUGAUUCACAACUUAUCGGCGUCCACCGAACAUAGACACCACUGCAAGGGACUAUUUUUGCACGGGGAAGCGCCAACGGGCCCUGUCGUGCCAGCAUUCUUUCAUUGUGUGGCCAAGAAAGAGCCGUUCAUGCUUCGAGAACACAUGUAUGUGGAGAAGUGA